AUGUCCAAAAUGGCGCAAUUAGGAAGUAAAGGCCUUCUACUACUAUUCAUCAUACUAAGGGUCGCAAUUUCUUCAUCGGAAGAGUCCUGCGAGAAGGUUGAUGUAUGUACAUGUAAGUUCAAGAAUGGUUCGAGAGUCAGUUUGAAAGAUGCGGACGGUGGUUCAAAACCGAGGUAGGACGGUGUUAAGUUUCAAAAUCUUAAGUGGUACUGCUGGUGCUGGACAGAACACAACUCCACUGCUCUUGAUCCUAGUGUUCAUUACUGUGAAGAACCCUUUCAUAUUCACAUCUUUAUCCGCAGUUCACUGAUUAAUUUUCAUUUAUUCACAGUCAGUUAUUCAUCACUUUACGAGUUUAUUUGGAACCGACAUAAUAACCAGCUCACAGUUGGCUUAAGUUAGCUCAGUUUGUGGAGCUUUGCACCGGUAUCGCAGAGGUGGUUACGGGUUCAAAUCCCGUACAAACCUGAAUUUUUUUUCAGGCCUCACUUUCAGUACUGCUCAAGUUCAUUACUGCGAAGAUCGCUUUAAUAUGCACGUCUUUAUUUGUAGUUCCCAUACAUGAAUUUUAUUUAUUCACAGUCAUUUAGUGUUGGUUUUAUUUUGUGAAACUUCAAGUGGAAUAUGCACGUACCUACUAUACAUGUUACUCGAUAUGUUUUUAGAAUCUGUUCUCGGCGAAAAGUUUAGAUGACAAGGAAAUAUUAAAACAUCCUUUGACCUUUUAACCUCCUAGAUCUGAUUUAUGAUUCUCCCUUUUAGCUGCUACAGUUUCUUUGUAAAUGAGUUACAAGAAUUUGGUGUUAGAUCAAGAUUAUAAUGUCUACCAGAUAAGUUUGAAUAUUCUCAUUACCUGUCAGCUGGAUAAUGCAUGGGUAUGAUAGGGAGAAGAUACAUGUUAAUCACCCCUGGGAGUUAAAGGAGUUAGGGGAAGAAAUCUGUAUAUAAUUUAUAGUAUUUGGUUUAAUUUGUCCGUUUUAACCAAGAUUAUAAGCUUAGAAUGCUACAGUUGAAUUUACCCUUUUUUGUUCAAAUUUGAAAUAGCUUCACAAACAUAGGUGGCAGCUCUGGCCGCUUUUUUGACUGGAAUCCAUGCACACCAUUCAGUGACCCAGUUGAUCCUCAAGGCUGUGAACAAGUCAUGGUGAGUGAAUUUGGGUAUAAUGCUUAAAAUUAAAAACCCUGAAAUUGUCAAUGUACUCAUUAAAAUUUUGUCAAGGAACAGUUUUGUAAGGUGAAUUGGCUACUAUAGAGAAAUUCAAAAGCUAACAUUUCAAGCGUAAGCCCUGCAUCAGAACCAAUUUUUCUCUGAUGAAAGGCUAAAGCUUGAAACUUCAGCUCUAGAACCUCCCUGAGUGCCAAUUAAUAUUAUAAACCACAUUAACCUGUAAUAGUCCCCAUGGAUGCAUCAACAUAGUUUCUUUGGAACCUAUCUCCUUUGUACAUGAUUUUUAUUGUUAGCCUGCUUUACUAGGAGAUCCUCAUUUUGUGUAAAUUCCAUAGUGCUUAUAAGACUAGAGGCUUGGUAAGAAAGUUAAAUGUGUAAAAUGUUUGCCUCAGAAAAUUGCAAAGAGGCAGAGUGUUGAAUGUGAUUUUUUUUUUCUGCUGAAAGCAUAUUCUCACCCAUGAACAAUCAUCAGUUGUGUAUGAUGUUUGAGAGCUUUAGAAUAAAAUAUUUGAGCACUGAUUAACAUGAAGAACAUUCUCAAGACCAAAUAUAAGUCUGGUUGCCAAAGGUCAAUUUUUAGUGCCAUAGGAGACUAAUAUCCUUUGCAGCCAUUAUUUAUCUUGUCAUGUAACAAGGUUGCAUGAUGAGACCAAACAAUGGCUUCAAAGGAGACUCAUGGAAAAUCAGCUAGUCCCAGUUUCAGACCUUGAUCUGCAUAUUCUGUGUAGUGCUUGAACAAGUUGAUCUAGCAUUGCAUAUACUCCAUGAAAAAUUUUCCUGGUGCUACAAUUGUUGGACAAAUUCAAACCAGUUUUAAUUUUUGUGACUGACAGCAGUAUAUCAGUGGCGACUUUUCUUGGAAGCAGUAUGCAACUAGUGGCUAGUGGCACAACAAGGUGCCUAGAUUUUUCUCCUGAAGUAUUCCUUGGCCUUAAUUUGGAUGUUGCACUUGUUAGCUAUACUUAAACUCGUAUUUAUUCUUACAAUAUAUACCUAGGUUUGUCAAAUAGCCACUUCCACUGGGAUCCCUGCUGGAAGCAAAGAUACCAGUUUUAGUGUGGAUACUUCUGGCAAUGUUGUUAUUUCCUAUGGAGUCAUAAAAAGUGGGCAGCCUACCCAUGGAAGGCAAGUAAACAACUUUAAUGUUGUGCUGUAUCAAUGUAAUUGAUUUUUGAAGGACUACUGUUACAGUAUAAUCUAACUGACAGAAAAAAACUACAAUCCUACAAAGUUAUCUACUUCAUUAAACAAUGAGUAGUAUUCUUAAUAAGGAACUACUCCUAAAGGCAGCACAGUACUUAUCCUCGAUAAACUCACCUAAGCCCACCACAGUCUAUGUCUUAGCUCACCACUGAGGUGAACUCACAAUUUUCUCCCCAUCAUUUCUUCAAACUAGCAAUCUUCCACUGUAGCUCUCUCUCACAGUUUAGCUUUCUAAACAGUCAGUAACUCCCAACAACAACAACAACUACCAUUACAUAAUUGAGUCUUUAUAUACAUUCACAAAGUGUUCUGGAACAUUCCAGAAGCUUUACAAAAGAACUAUUUAUUUUUUAAUAAGUAGUAUUACAUUAUAACCAUGACUUGAUGAAAAGUUCUAGAAAGUUCUAUGGUAUGCAUGUCAGCAUGACCAAGAAGUCUGGAGAUUUCCAGAAGCUUUUAAUUACAACAACAAUUACUCAUAACACAACAAAUGUAGAUACCCUGAUAUGUCAUGUACAGACAACAUCCUUCAUUUUGGCUUCAAUAGGCAUGGAUAUUUGAUCAGACAGUAUUUGUUCUGAAUUGUGAACAGUUUUAGGAGAAGGAAGUUUGAGGAAAACUGUGAGCUUUAAGGAAUUCACAAUAUUCAAAGACAAAAAUACAAGCAUUUUUUCAUGUCAAUUGGAGACUAUAAUUGUGUUUUUUAUCCUUCAGACAUUUUUUGUAACACAUGGGAAAAAAUGUUAGUAAACAGCUUGCAUUUACUGUUUUUUACUGUUGUUAAAAACCCUUUAAUUCCUGUGAGUGACUGAGACAGAAUUUCUCCUUACAAUUUCUAGACAGUGUUAUGCAGACAAGUGAUGAGAAUAAAGUAAAAUAUCAAUUAUGGGAUUACUAAUUGAUCUGAUACCAAAUUCUCCAAAUUGCCAUCAUUAUAAUUGUAUGAAAGACAGUAAGAAGGAGUAUUUAAGAGAUAUUGGAAGUUAAAGGGUUAAUGAAAGAUGACGGAAAAAAAAAUAAUCAGGUGUAACAUGCAACAAGCGUUAUUGAUGUAAGCCAGUGAAGUUUGUCAUGAAUAAUGGAAAAUUGGAGCCUUUUUUUUCCAUUUUUUUUAUUUUUUGUUCUGAUCUGAUUUUAUCAGAUGAAGUUAACCCUUUAUCUCCCAAGAUCUCAUUAGUGAUUCUCUUUAUUAUCUGCCAUCCAUUUCUUAGAUACUAGUUCAGAAAAUUUAUUAUUGGAUCAAUAAAUAAUCACCUUGUUGAUAUUUCUCUUUAUUCUCCUCACUUGUCUGCUUGAUAUUGUAUUGAUAUUGUAAGGAGAAAUUCUGUGUUGGUCACCCAUGGCAGUUAAAGGGUUAAGAGAACCUCGGUGCAAAAAUCAAAUGAAGAUAAACAAAUUUCUACAGCGCUGAUACUCUAAAUUCUCUCAUUUUAUGCAUACAGGUAGCCUCGGGUAAGAUUUGAAAUGCUUUGUAGUUUUUUUUUUUUCCUGAGACAUGUUCAGACUAUCGAGAAAAACGAAAUUCGCAUUCACCUGAAUGGGAUCACGACAUUAGGCAAGGCCGAAAAUAGACCACUCCUCCCCGAUUGGCGUUUCAAAGAUAUUGAGUCAAGGAAGUUUUACACAGGAUAUUCUUAAAUGAACUCUUUCAUGUGUGGAAAACGUAAUUUUGUAAGAAUUGGUUUGAUCAGUAUUUUGGAACCACUCGCAAAAGCAGAGUACUCUCUAAAUUUAUGAAUAUAAAUUUUUUUCACCAUGGAAGGAAUGAUUUUCAAAUACCGUAAUAGACACGAAAUUAGUCAAGUCACGCCAUGUGCGCGAUUGAACGCAAAUCAGCAUACCUGUCCUCUUUAACUAAAAUAACUUAAGUUCGUUAUAUGAGCAUUCCCUGAGUAUAAAAAUGUCAUACCUUUGUUCAUCUCUGUCUUGCUUAUUUCUUGGGAAACGUAUGUUCAUCAGUUGAAAUCCCGUUUGUAACAAAGUUGUGAAGUUGGUGAUCGAACGUGGACCAUAACGAAUUCGGUUCCCUCUGAAACGACUCCACGAAAUACGUUUUUUUGAAUAUGAUAAACUUUAUAUCUCGUUCUCUCUGAGUUGUACUAUAUACCUGUUGAGCAGCUUUCAGGAGAUAUUUUCCAUAAGCGACGACAAACACGCAACUCAGCGGGGUACACUUCAGCUCGACUCAUUGGCAUUGUGACGUUUAAAUGGAGGCUUGCGUUACAAGACUGUGCAUCCAUUUCCUCAACGGGUUUAGGAGUCAAAAUGACCCUUGUAAACAUCUUCCUCAACUCUUCCAUUCCCAAGAUCGUAUUACUAAUUCUCCUCAUUGUCUGUCAUAUCAAUUCUUAGAAAGCCAAUUCGGUGAAUAUGGUAUCGGAUCAACUAAUAUCUCCCUAAUUAAUAUUUGUCUUUCUUUUCAUUCCUUGUCUGCUUGAUAUUGUGUUAAUAUUGUAACGGGAAAUUCUAUCUUGGUCACUCAUGGGAGUUGACAGGUUAGUAUUUCGGAUUUUUCUUCGUUCUUGAUGUGGACAUCUUUCCCUGCCUCUUCAGUCUUUUGAAUUACCUCAUUUACAUCUGCCUUGAUGUAAUUCAACCAUCCCGAAAAAUAAUUUUUGAGAAAGGCGAAUUUCUAAAUCUUACUUAGGUAAAUAUCGCAGAAAAGGCUUCUUCAUUAGUUUCUCCAGGAGGGUCUGGGUGAUGGAUGUGACGGCUAGCGGUUAAAAUUUUGGCCAAUUUACGGCUAACGGUUUAAAUAUCUUCCCACUGUUGUCGCAGUAGAUUGUUUUUACGGUUAACAUUGCUUAGGGUUAGGGUUUAGAGAGUUCAGUUAGUGAAUGGCAGUAAGAGGAUCGAGGCUGUGUGAGAGAUAGUAUGGACCUUAAACAAACCACGAUGGCGACGGCAACAAGGACGUGGAAAAACAAAAGAUCUAAUUGGCAGAACAAUAGCUCAGCACGUGCGUUUUAAAACUUUGUACAUUUCUUAGCCGUCCUAUGAAAAACAACAACAUGAUAUCGCCACAAUUUGCGUCGUCUGCGAACCGAAACCGCGACGACAAAUUAUUUUAAUUUCCAUGUGAAACUCAACGCUUCUUUUAUACGUUAUGCUGAAGUUGAGGUAUGGCGCCGUAGGAGACGGUAAACAAAUGCAGUCAUUUUUGAAAUUUUAAUUGAAGACAGAAAUUCAUUUUUUAAUCGAAGUCUUCUUAUGCGUUGCCGUCCUGACUGCUUAAGGUCCCUAGUAGCCUGAGCCAGGCGUCUCAUUUGUAAAACAGUGACGAGGCGAAAUGGGAAAAGGCGCCGGCGAUAGUAGCAGCGGAGCAAAGGAUGGAGACGAGGGAGGUAUGGGUGGGGUCGCGUAGAGGGGUAGUCCGUGAUUUUUGGCGACUGAGGUAUUUCUCUCUCAAGUUUCAUUUUACAAGCCUUCUUGCUAGCUUUAAUCUCCAAUCAGAAUAGAGAAUUUGCAUCAUCUUUCCUGCUUGCAGAACCACGCAUAUAUAUAUAUAUAAAUAAACAGGGUUGUUAACAAAGAUUUUGAGUAACCGGACUGUGUGCAAGGUUGGUGGCGCUGGGGGUCGAGGGUCCCUCCACCUGCAAAGGUUCUGAGAGCCACAAGCAUUAUUCGGAAUAGCUUGCGUGUUUCUCAUAGUAGAGGGUAAAAUGCGCCGGUUGCAACUGCCGACUUAUUUUAACAAAUCUGCAUAAAGAUUGUUAUCAUUUGUGGUUUGUAGUGAUAUAAAUACAAUAACCAGUCUUUAUGUUUUGCUUUACAUGUGACUUUGUAGGAUGUCUAAAAUAACUUUGGUGUGCGAUCGAAGUGUACCAGGAAAUGGAAAAAUACCAGAAUUUACAGAAUCUGGAGCAAGCACAGGAACCUCAACAUAUGUAAUUAUCUGCCUCUUGGUUUGUUUUUUUUUUUUUCCUUUACUUGUAGAAAUGGCGGGUAGUAUGAAUGAAAAACUGAAGAAACAAAUACUACACCUUUUUUUCCUGUUUUCUUUCUUUUCUUUCUCUUUUAGAUGAACGUUCAGGCUGAGAUUAACUAAAAUUUUAAGAGCAUACUAAGAACAUACCUAGGCUGAGAGUCACCAAAGAACGUCUUUAUUUUGCUCUUUUUCCUUUUCUUUUUUUUUUUUGAGAAGUAUAAAUAAAGGUUAAAAAAGCAUUCGCUCCAAAAUUCUUAUGAAAAAAAGAGGGUGUCGUUGUUUUCAUCAUUCUUAGUUCUUCAAGGGUUUUAAUUUGAACUUUUUUCAGGAGCAGCUGCCGAUACUGUUAUUGGCGGCUGUUUCCGAAAAACGGUCCGUGCCUUAGAUGCGAACAGUUAAGAAGCGCGGCGGUGCUUGUUGGAAUAAAUAUGGUUAUCUCGAUCUGAAAUUAAAACGUCAGAUCCUAACGAGGAAGCUGACUGUUUAAUAGCGGAUAUCGGAGUGCCCCUAUUCAAUCUUUUGCCGAAUAACCAUUGUAGAUAUAUUUUAAGGCGCGUCAUAGAUUCCACGGGAGAAGAAUAAAUGAAAGUUUGUGAAAAGGUUUUAUAAAUGGCUAAGUGGUUGCAAACAAGUAAGUCUAAUUAUGCAACUGGUUUGCAAGCAUGUAUUUCGGAACCACCUCAAUAUGAGGAAAAAGUGCAUCUAGGAAUUAAUUAAUUUUACGUUUGCUACUUUUGUUUUCCUAGAGUGGAACAUUAAAAUCAAAGUAUGCAUGUGCCGAAGGAGGAUCAUCAGGAGGUCUCAGUGUUGGCAGUAUACUUCUUAUUAUGUAAGAUUAUGCUGAAAGUGUAGUCACAUGCUCUAACUAGAAUCGACGACUGUUGUCUCUUGUUAAGGAAGGUGGCUUAUUUAUUUGUUUUUCCAAAAGAAACUGAGAUGCUGCGAGCGCCCUGAUUGGUCAAAAACCCAUCGUUCAUUGCACCGGUAAAACCACUGAAGAUUGAAACAUUUUAAGGUUAUUUUUAAAGAAGCAGUAUCCACAUGGAAAGUAAAAUGAGUUCUCUUGUUGGAUAAUCUAGCGCUGAAAAGGUGAAUCUCAGUCAUGAAGAUGAGAGUGAUCUUCGCAGUAAAGAACACGACUAAAGCAGUAGUGAAUAAAAAAGCUAAUUUGAUGAAUAUGAAGCCUAAAAAAAUUCAGGCCUGUACGGGAAUUCAACCCAUGACCCUUGCGACAUCGAUGCAGUUCUUUACCAGCUCAUCUAGCAAGCCAACUAAGAGCUGGUCAUUUUGUUGGUUCUUAGUAAAACCGUGUAGUGAUAAAUAAUGAAUGAUCUUUGCAGUAAUGAAUUAUCUUCAUUCCUAAAGUUCCCAAUACCUCUUUUGUUUGUUUGUUUGUUUGUGUGUUGUUUUUCGGUUGUAAAUUUCGUAUGUAAAUUCCUAAAGUUCCUUGAUCUAUCUCUUUUCAGCUUUUUUCCAUUAGCUCUCAUGUAUAUUAUCAUCGGAGUGUUGAUAAACCGAUAUCGCCGUGGUGUAGAGAGCAUGCCAGAGUUAUUACCAAACCACUCUUUCUGGGCCGACUUUCCUUUCCUUGUAAAGGUAAAGAAAUAUAAAUUAGAACACUGGGUGAACCUACGGCAUGGAACAAUGGUUUGGCUACCUCAGUUUCACUGACUUUUCUUUCACCACUUCUUUGUUUCUUUUUUCGCGUGUAAUUUUAUUCGAAUUGUAAUGUGUAAUGUCUAAUUGGCUUGUCUAUCAUUUAUCGUAGUGUUUUUUUAAUUAUUAUAAUUAUUUAUUUUUAUUUGUUUCUUAUAAUCAUCAUCAUCAUUAUUAUUAUUAUUAUUAUUAUUAUUAUUAUUAUUAUUUAUAUUGUUCGAGUAUAAGCAUGCUCUCUCAGUUAUUUCCUUUGUCCAGUCAAACUUGUUAUUGAAGAAUUUAUUUUAAUGUUUAGUCCCGUCCCGCCUCGAUUCGCUUCGCUAUUUUGCGGGUAGUGAUUGUUGAAUAUAUAGAUGUAUAGAUAUAUGGAUUUUAAUUGCUAAGGUGAAUAUUUUUUUAAUGUCUUUUUUACUUUUUUUUUUUUUUUUUUUUUUUUUUUUCAGGACGGAAUUGUGUUUACUGGUGGUGCGAUCAAAACUGGAUGUUCCUCUCUGAGUAACAAAUUCAAGAAAGAUGGCUACGCUGAGAUUUAAGCUAAUAUAUUAAUUUUAUGCAACGCAAUUCAAAUUUGUCAAGGUUUAGGAAAAUUUUAAGGUUUCUCAUUGUGUUGACUAGGCCUCAGACUUAUUCGUAGCAGUUUUUUUCCUUUACGCUAAACUGCAUGCGAAGUGAGUGCUUGGAAAAAAUCGUGAGCAUGGAAACCGAAGCUUCCAUUUUUAUGAUGAUUUCAUUGCAACUAAGGCCCCGUCCAUACGUAUCCGGAUAAAUUUGAAAACGGAUAAAUAUUUAUCCGUUUUCAAAUUUAUCC